GAGAGCGGAUAGGGGCCAGCCUGGGGCCCGGGCCCUGAGGGGAUGGGCCGAGGAGCGGGGGAGGGGGUCCUACUGAAUCCGCCGGAUUCUGGGGGACAGCCUGAGCCGGCGGCGGCGGCGUAGGAGCCUCACUAAGAACAGGAGAUCCCCGAACUGCGAGGCGGGGGCGUGGAUCUCUGCCAGCCGGCCUAGGCCGGAGCGUGACCGACGCCUUGGCUCAGUCAUCUCCCGCCCCAGGGCCUCUUUCUCUCUGACGGGGCUGCAGUAGGUGGACGCGGCCUGCUGCGUCCCGCCGGCCUCCCCUCUCCUCCCGGCCCCCGGCCACCUGACGGGACCAGCCGCGGGCACGUGCAAGGAGAGUUUCGGCACCGCACCGCGGCUGCCGCGGCCAGGCCCGUCUGCUAAACCUCUCCAUCCCCGCCCUAAGUCUAACGUUUCUGAGACUGUCAUCGAAUCGAAUGCCCCUUCCAGUUCAUUUAUAGAUAAGGAAGCUGAGGCAGAGGGCGAAGUGAGGGGUCAGCCGGAGCGCCCGGGGCUGGAUUGGAACUCGGGGAAGGCCCGGCACUUCCUCCCAUGAUCCCCCAGGCCUCCCCAGCAAGGUGGUGCAGGAGGGACAGGACAUUGUGGCGGUCCCAUCUGGGAGGGGCCUGCGGCCGGGGGCACCGGAAGGAAGACCAGGAAGGUCCCCGCCGCAGUGAGGUGCCGAGCUAGAAGGGAACGAACGCUGAAGCCAAGUCCCAGUCGGUGCAUAGGGUCACUAAGUACUAUACACGAGGCUACAAUGGCCAGACAAAAUCUCUUCUGCGAAGCCUUCCUUGAUACCCUCUGCCACGGAUGAUCCCCUUUGAACUCUGUUGUUAACUUUGUGGCGCUUAUUUUAUUUAGAAGCAGUGUUUGUUAACAUAGAAGGCACUUCUACCUUAUGUUAGGCAGGUGCGUGCUAAGAAAACAGAUUUUAUUUUUGUUACUCUGACAGGUGAUUGGCUUUUGCUACCUUGAAACAAGAGCCGCCAGUGGGUGUCAUCUUCACCUGUGGCGCUCUCUGCAUCCUGAGCACUCUGCCUGGCUCGGGCCUGGGAGUCUGGAGCAAUGGCAAAUGGACAGCCUGAAAGUAAAAAGAGGGACCUUCCUCCAUGGAUGACAGCCCAGGUAACUGAGAGGAAAUCAGUCCCAGUAUGGAAAUCAACUAAGAGGAGAAAAACCAUGGUACAGUCAGCAGAUAAAUCAGCCAGUCUUCUCCCUGUACGAACGGUGUACUUCAUGAAUGAAAGUGAAUUGGUGGACAUUGCUCUGGGUAUCUUGGUUGAGUGCGGUAAACAGGAAAAGCCUUUGGAGCACACAUUCCUGCUGGGAACUGAUAAGGCCCAAACCACACAGCCUGAAUCCCCCUGGGCUUCUGAGAGCAGUAGUGAUGGAGAGGAGGAGGUGAAUGAUACCCCUCAGACAAGUCCCUCAAGCAAGCAGGAGUAUUCAGCCUCUGGCCACAAAAAAAAUUCAGAAGAUGAAGAUGACGAUGCAUUAAAAUAUGUGAAGGAGAUAUUUUUCAGUUGAUAAAUAAAUCAAGAUAAAUGAA